CAUCAAACGAAUCUCCUGCCGAUCGUCUCCAGCACCUCAGCGGCCUGUCACUCUGGUUCGGAGCCCUCGAUUCUCUUUGUUGAAGAGUCGACCUCACAAGAUUUGAUCGAGCGCCGUGACCGCUUCAGCCCCGAGCCUUCCACUCACGAAACCUCCUCAUUGACAACCAUGCCUUCUGGAUACUCUUCCCGCGAUGUGGGCGACCCAUCCCAAGUCAAGAAGAACAAGCAAUCGAUGGCCGACCUCAAGCUACGCCGCCUGACCGAACUGAACAACCGUCUGCGAGAGGAUCUGGAGCGCGAACGGAUCCCCGUCUCUCAAGCAGCGAAGAGCAUCAUCACCUACACAAAUAACACGAAGGAUUUCAUGGUCCCGUCAGUCUGGGGGACGGUCGACAAGAAGGAAGAUCCGUAUGCGCCGCAGCAGAGCGGAGGGUGCUGUGUGGUUAUGUAG